AUGCCCCUGCGACUGCUGAUAAUCAAUCCGAACGGGUCGAGUGCGAUCACUCAAUUGAUCAAAUCGGGUAUCGAUCCUCAUUUGGGCCCAGAUACAUUGCCCACCUAUUGGACGUGCCCGGACGGGCCUCCGGCCUUGCAAAGCCAGGAUAUCGACCAAAAUGCAGACACGUGCUUUUUUCUCCUGCUCGAUAUCCUUGGAGACUAUGACGCCUUUUUAUUGGCAUGCUAUGCCGUCCACCCACUUGUCUCGCUAUUACAGGCCCGAGUCGGCUCCAAACCGGUUGUGGGUAUUUUUGAAGCAAGCGUAGAUGCGGCUCUGCGUGUGCUUCAACCUUCUCAGCGCUUUGCAAUCCUGACCACGGGAGAAGCAUAUGAGAAGCACCUCGAAGCAGGUGUGGUACGGCUAUUGGGCAAGCCUCAAGCGGAUUCUUGCUUUGCCGGGGUGGUUUCGACAGGCAUAGGCGUACAUGAUCUCGCCGAAGAGUCGCGAGGAACAGCAAAAGAGAAGAUGGAAGUAGGGGUGAAGAAGUUACUCGGCAAGUAUGGACAUGGUAUUGCAGCUAUUUGCAUAGGUGGUGUCAUUUUAUUUGGAAUGGAGCCUUUUAUCCGGGAGGCAUAUCAGGAACAGCUCGGACCGAAAGCUGGUCAACAGAUCAUAUUUAUCGACCAGUUUGAGGCAGGUGCUGUUGCGGUGCGAAAUGCCCUUCGAAAGAAGUAA